CAUAGCUGUAGAAUGUGGAACAGAAUACAUCGAUUUGGCCAUCAGAUUGUGCCCUGUCAUGUACAGCGGCUACAACGAAUCACAGCUCAUCAUCAAUGACAUCAUGAAUAACCCAGGCUGCCAGGGCACCGUCGAUGCCACAGUCUCACCCCCUGUGGUUCGAUUCAGAUUCCCACUCAACUCGACCAAUUCCUGCGGGAGCAAAUUUCUUACUAUCAAAAAUGUAGGAACAGGCAUAUUCUCUGAGUUCUCAAACAUCGAGACGGUCAACAUCAGCGGAGUUGUGCAAUCGAAUGACAUAACAACAGGCACGGUGACGUACAACGCUGAGCUGAAGUAUUACUACUCCUGUGCUUAUCCUCUGCAGUACCUUAUCAACAACACUCAGAUCGAUGUGGCGGGUUCCUCGAUUGCUGUGAAAGACAAUAAUGGUAGUUUCAUCAGCACUCUGAACCUCCGACUCUUCAGUGAUGAAAACUACACUCAACCUCUAACCAUGCCUUCCCUCGGUAUUGAGCUCAGGACAGAUGUGUUUGUGCAGGUAGAGGCCAACAACCUGACCUCCGAGUACUUUGUAUUGCUGGACAGAUGCUAUGCCUCCGUUUCAAAAUUAGCCACUACAGACAAUUACUUCAACCUCUUUGUACCAUGUACCAGAGAUCGUCUUACAAAAAUGUUGGUGAACGGAGAGAUGCAGCACGCACGGUUCUCAUUUCCUGCCUUCCGUUUCACAGAACAGCAGAAUCAGACAGUGUCGACAUACUUCCUGCACUGUAUUACACGACUGUGUGAAAGAACAACCUGCAUGACAUUUAGGAAUUGUCGCAAGAGGAGGAGGAGAGCUGAGGGAGACUUCACCACCGCUUCUCCUGAAAGCUUGGACGCCACCACCAUCACAUCACCAGCCAUCAUCAUACGUGCAGACAACAUUAUUGCAUCAAAAGAGGAAGACGUGUCUAUCAACCCAAAAAGACCUUCUGACACUUCGGUGGGUCUUGGGAUCGCUGUGGGGAUCCUGGCAUUUGCUCUCAUCAUGAUUGUGGGAAUGGGAACCGUUUUCUACAAGAGAUACUGGCACCCUGGCCCCUCAAAAACAGCAUACAGGGCUUAA